AUGUCUCGUCUCGUCAAGAAAUCCCCGUCUCUUUGCACGGAUCUCCCCCUGGACAACACUGAUAUUCGGAACAAGCUUCAUUUGCUUUGGCAGCUGCUGAGAUCUUGCUUUGGUCCGACUGGCAGACUGAAACAAGUUCACAACAACAUUGGAGGACACGUUGUCACCACCUCCACCUCCUCAGUUCUCCUUCCAGCCAUUUCCUCCUCACAGCCUUUCAUCAAUCUGAUAAAAACCUCCAUCCUCAACCACGUUUCUCGCUUCAGCGACUGCGGUUUGUUUGCUGCCAUCCUCUGUUUGUCUCUUAUUGAGCGAGCGAAGCGGUCUGGCCUCAGGGGAAGCGUGGCCAUCAGUGUGAACAAGCACCUGCUGGGUCUCUGCACUGGUUACCUGCAGGGAGAAGACUGUGGUUGUAAAGUGAAGCUGGACUUCUGCAGCAGCCUGAGCUUGAUCAAACUAUCUCGCAGUAUUAUCUCCAGCAAACCAGCAUGUGUGCUGACAGAGGCGGAGGCUGUUCACAUCAGCAAGUUGGCUGUACAGGCUUUCUUGCUGACUGUUCCCUGUAACAGCCCAGGUAUAGUCAGACUUGGUAAAAUAGUGACUGUCUCUGUUGAAGGCCACUCUGUGCUCAACUCUGCAGUGUUUCCAGGUUUACUGGUGGACAUGCCUGAUGUCUUUGGGCUCAACAAGGUAGAGAACUUGCAUUCAAAUCCCCUGCGCGUGGUGCUGUUCAGUGCCUCUCUUGCUGGAGACCUUUCUGAGCUUGGAGACGGGAUCAUUGAGGUGCACCCAGGUGUAGACACAGACGCGCAGAUCCUGGAUCAACUCCUGGAGCUCGGGAAACGGGUGGUUGCAGAGGAGGUGAAGCUCUUUGUAUGCCAGAAGGUCAUACACCCAGUCCUACAGCAAUACCUGAGGAGGCAUGGGAUCAUAGUGAUAGAGAGGCUGGGAAUCAAUGUCAUGGAGCCACUUACUCAGCUGACAGGUGCUCAGCCAGUGGCCACAUUACAUACCACAAUCCCAGCCAAGGCCUAUGGGAAGGUGAGGGAUGUCGAUAUUAGGCAGUUUGGAUCCAAGACAAUGCUGCAUUUACACCCUCCUGGGGAGUCUGCGAUCUGUACGAUGAUCCUCUGCCACAGGAACGAGACAAUGUUAAGUGAGCUGAAGGUGGUGUGCCAGAAGACGGAGCAUGUGUUGAGGCUCACCCUGAGGGAACCGUCCGCCUUACUUGGAGGUGGGUGUACUGAGACCCACUUAGCUGCUUACGUCAGACACAAGAGCAUGAAUGAAGUCACAGAGACGGCCUCUGCACUGGGGUGCACACAGACAGAGUACUUUCUUGGCGUGGAAGGAUUCUGCCGCUCUCUGGAGUCUGUGGCCGCGGCGCUGGAGCACGACGGUGGGAAUUGUUUAAUCGACCUGACUCAUGCUCACCACUGGACUCUCCCUGCAGAUGUCAUAACAGAACACAUGGAGGAUAGCUUGGGCCUCUGUGGCUGUGGAGUAAUGCAAAGUAGCCCAAACAAGAAGUGGACUUAUCUAAGCACUAAAUACCCCCAGUUCUCACCUGCACCCCUGUCGAGAGACACUACUGUGCAGCCACGUGUGCUUGACUCCUUCACAGCUAAACUCAAUGCUUUACAAGUCGCUGUAGAAACUGCUAAUCUUGCACUGGAUGUGCGAUAUGUAAUUCAAGAUACGAACUAGCAGAAUAGGCAUUUUAUCCAGUGGGGUACUCUGAAUUUUCAUAAUAAAUGUAAUAUUCACUUCAGACACUAGAUGUUAGCAUUGCCUUGAGUGAAAAUCGGACAGUCAGUGUGAAUGUAUUGCCUCUAUCCUGUUGUUGUUGUUGUCAUGUGAUUUACCUCUUUGGUAAGUCGUUGAUUUAUUGUCCUGCUUGUCAGUAAUAUUACAAACAAAUACUGAUUGUUUUUCUUUCUUUUUUUAACCUUUUUGUGAAUUUUCCACACAAUAACACACAAUUUCUAAAGGAGCUUUAAAUGAUGUUUGCAACAGUUUACAAAUUCAGCGACCUAAAAGAAUUUCUAAUGAAGUUAUCAAACAAAGCCUCACCCUUUUUUUUUUUUAAUUACUUUGUGUUCUAUCCAAAAUGUUACUUGUCUAAACCUGCUGAUUGGUAAGAAACUACCUGACUGAUCUAUGCAAAUACAAACAGCAGACAAUCAAAUAUUCCACUGUAAUGACUUAUUUUUCACAAUGUUUUAUGUUAGACAGUGUCUGAUAAAAUCUGGACCAAGUUACAUUCAGUGUAAUGAGAUGUGUUAUUUGUUAUAUAUACUGUGUUGCAGGUUGUAUAUUUAGUAUUUGCAUAAAAAUAAACUAAUUCUUGUCAACAAA